AACCACACAAUUUUGAUAAAAGAUAACUACAGUACAACAGAAUUAUUGCGAAUACUUAAUAUUUUAUUGUCAUUAUUUAACAAUUAGAAAUAAAAACUUUAUCCAACGAAACAUGUCAUGACAUAGGUGGAUAAUAAAAAAAAUAAGUGUUAAAUUAAUUUGUGAUGUCGACAUCAAAGAGAAGUAGAUACUCGCCGUUUUUAAAACAAUGCUUCGUGACAGCAUCCGUGGGUAGCAACAUCAUCGGGCACGGGUGUGUGAUUGGCUACCCCGCCAUCCUGCUGCCACAGCUGCAACUCGCCAACUCCGAGUUCAAACUAGAUGCCGUGUCUGCAUCAUGGAUUGCCUCAAUCCUGGGCAUCACUCAGCUGGUCGGGAGCUUCAUCUCGCCGCCUAUCAUGGAGAGGUACGGCAGGAAGAUGGCGCACUACGCAGCCACAAUACCUAACCUGAUCGGCUGGUUCAUAGUUCCGAUGUCUACUAAUUUCGGGGUUCUAUUUGCCGCGAGAAUACUUCAAGGUCUAUCAAUAGGAAUGCUGUCACCUCUCCGAUCCGUCCUCAUCGGAGAAUACGCCAGUCCCAAGAAUCGAGGAGCCUUCCUCACCACAGUAUCUCUAUCCCAAUCCUUCGGGAUUUUCUUCGUCCAUCUUAUAGGAUCCUUCCUAAGUUGGCAGCAGACAGCCUUGGUCUGUGUGUUCUUCCCAUUUGUUAGCCUUGUAAUGACUAUAUACUCCCCUGAAUCACCCAGUUGGUUAGUAACCAAAGGAAGACACGAAGAUUGUAGGAAAGUCUUCCACUGGCUAAGAGGUGACGAUGAAGAUGAAGAGUUAGAAGAAAUGAUUCAUGGUCGAAUACUCUUCGAAAAGGCAAGAAUCUCAGAGAGUUAUGGAAGAAAGACAAAUAAAAUUCAAGACAUGAUUUCUACGAUUAGAAAAAAGGAGUUUUACAAGCCCAUCAUUUUGAUGAUGCAUGCUCAUGUACUAGUAAACUUCGCAGGUGGUACUACAAUGUCUGCCUAUUCUACACUGAUUAUAGGCAUGGUUAUGGGCCCAGAAGUAAACGCUCAGUUUUGGAUGAUCUUCUUAGGAGCUCAAAGAUUCAUAUCCAACGCCUUAGCAGUCUUCGCCAUCAACAAAUUCAAGCGACGGACCAUGAUGUUCGCUACUGGAGGCCUUUCGAUCUUCAUUCAGUUUGCUCUCGCCGCUUACGUGUAUUUCAAACAACAAGGAACUUUACCAUACGAUGCUUUAUGGAUACCAGUUCUACUCAUCAAUCUGAAAUUCUUUGCCGUUGCUACAGGGAUGCUACCAUUACCAAAUGUGAUUGGAGGAGAAGUAUUUCCUCUAGAAUACAGAAGUAUUGGAGGCACCAUCAGUCUCGCGUCCUUCUCCGCCACAUUCUUCAUCGUCCUCAAAACCUUCACGGGCUUGGUUGACAGUGUGGGCAUGCACGGUACGUACAUGGUGUAUGGUGGGAUCAUCAGUUACUGCAUGGUGGUGAUUUGGAUCCUUCUGCCAGAGACCAAGGAUAGGACUCUGCAGCAGAUUGAAGAUGAGUUCCGAGGUAGACCGCUGGCUCCAGAGGAGAUUGAGGCCAGACAGUCCUUGCAGGCAGACCCUAUUAUAGCGUAUAAGAGAAGAAUGUCGGCUAGAAGACCUAGUAGUCCUAUACCCUUCUAGGUUUUGUUGAUUUAUACUUAAGUUUAUUUUAAGUAGUUUAUUGCAGCUAUGUCAUUACGAGUUAAUGUUCAUGUGGUUGUAAAAUUAUUUAUUUCCUAA